AUAGUUUGUUUAUAUUUCCAAACGUUUUGACAUAUUUAGGAAUAUCAGAUCAGACAAAUAUUUGAUUUGAAAGCAUAUUUCUAUUAUAAUUACAACGUUUUAUUAUAACAUGCGUCGCAAAAGAAAUAGAAAAGGAUUACCCAUAAAUUUGUUGCGACAAUCUCAACGUGAGCGACGUCAUUUGACGUUCGGAGAUAAAACGCCGCGUAGGAAAACGCGUAUUCCUAAAUUUGAUGCUGAAAGGAGGGAUCAUGAGCUGCUUGUUCGGGCCACUGAACUUAAGCUGCAACAACUUUUAGAAUCUGAUGAGGUACUCUCAGAUAUUCCAUGUGAUAUAACGCCAGAAGAACUUCAGGAUAGGGAUUGCGAAUGGUUAUGCAACUACUCUUUAUAUUGAACGUGAUGGCUUAUCGACACUAACAAUAAUUUUGCCUCAGGCACAUCCAACAAUAGCUAAUUUAAAGAGAGCAAUCGAAUCAACUGCACGUGUACAACAUAAAAGAGAGUUGCGUGAGCGAUACGAGAGCCGACGACGCAGACUACGUAUGUCCGAAGAAACUGAAAAUGCGAGCAAUAGCAACGAUAACUCCGACCAUAUGGACAACAGAAUGGAAGCAUAUCAGCAACGUCAACAUCAGGUUGAAACUAAUGCCGCUUGGUUGGCGGCCAACAGAAGCACCGGAGAAUUCGUUUACUCCACAACGCGCUGCGGUCAUCCACAUCGAACGACGGUUUCAUGGCGUUUUUUAUGGCGCGCCUACAUGUUGAUCGACGCUCAUACCAAAACGCCGCUUUUCGACCACGACGGACGUAAAUUGUUGAGUGAAUGUGGCAUAGAAAACGGUUUAACAUUACGAUUUUGCAAACGUGAAAUAUACUACAAACGUCGCCGAAAAUAACCAGUGCAACCAUUAUAUCCAUAAUAAUACCAAAAAAUGCAUUUUCUCGUUUAAAAUAAAUUCGAAAUAUAAAAAAAUAAAAAUAAAGAAUAACAAGCAAGUUGAAAGUGUUAAGCAGUGCAAACCAAACGAUAUUGUAUAAAGCAAAGUGUGCGUGUAUAAGCCUCCGGAAUUCAAAUGUUAAAACUUUUCAAGAUUUCCAUGUCUCACAUCAUUUCGCCACCACUACUAUCACCGCGUCGCACAAAAAGUAAGAAGUCAAAAUCACGAAAUCUUUACCAAACCCCUUACACAUAUAACCGUAUCGUGGUAUUGUGUCGCAACGACGCAUGUAUGCCAGCCGCCAGCCUAAGAAUACAAAGAUGAUGAUGCCGUCAACGGAGGCGAAUUCAAUUUGCUGCCGUCAGUCCUUGUUCAUUACUUUGUUCGCGCUUAUUUUUAUAUGUAUGCUGCAAUUUGACCUCAUCCGCGCUGCAUUUGAGGAAGGCAACAAUAACAAUGUAAAAAUUGCCGAACACAGCCUGGAACUAACACAGACCAUUAAUAUACAGCGACAGGAAUAUUUGCAGAAACAAUGUGAAACGUUGGGUUAUAGCGCUCUCACCCUGGAUGAUCUAACGGAUAAGCAAAUGGGUCAUAUGAUUGUGGAUAAGGAGCACAAGUUUCUUUACUGCUAUGUGCCUAAGGUGGCAUGUACAAAUUGGAAACGUGUAUUAAUGAUCCUCACUGGAAAUUGGCAGAAUGGCACGGAUCCGUUACAAAUACCUGGUUCUCUGGCGCAUUCAGUGGGCAUGUUCCAGAAGCUCAAUUCGCUCAGCCAUGAGGAGCGCGCUCAGGUGCUCUCCGAGUAUACACGAUUCAUAUUGGUGCGGCAUCCAUUAGAACGUUUGCUAUCCGCGUAUCGCAACAAGUUGGAGGGUGAUGCGCCGAGCGCACGCUAUUUUCAGUCGCGUGUUGGCCGGCAGAUAAUAAAGGCUUUUCGUGCCGGCGCUAACAAUCACUCACUGGAGAAUGGCGACGAUGUCAGCUUUGCGGAGUUUGUGCAAUACUUGCUUACGCCAGAUGUGAGCCGCACUAAUCAGUCGUAUAAUGAGCAUUGGGAACCUAUCGCGAAUCUCUGCAAUCCAUGUGUAAUGAAGUACAAUGUAAUAGGCAAAUAUGAAACGCUGUUAGAUGAUUCUUCUCUUGCAUUGUACUUAGCUGGUGCAGACAAUCUGACAUUCCCCACUGGUCACAAGCCAUCCAGAACCCGUGCACAUUUGCGUUCGUACUUCGAUCCGUUACCCAUAAAUGCAAUACGACGGCUUUAUGAGAUUUAUAUGGAAGAUUUUCGAUUCUUUGAAUAUGGCUUGGAAGAUGUACUAGGUUUUGAGUUUGGAUGACUCAGUAUACGUUCUUCGUAUAUGUACAUAUAUGGUAUUUCAAUAUCAGUUACUCAGAUGGAUUUUUCACCAUGUGAAAAAACAGUUAUUCAACAAACAAUUUAUUUUUAAUACUUGUGAUGAUGAAUGAAUGCAUUUUGCAAUAACGUUUACGAUUUUAGUGGUUGUUUUAGUUAAGUUUAGAAAUUAUGUGUAUAAAUAAAUAUGUACAUAUAUGUAAAUUUCAUCUGAAAGAAUUCGUAGGUUUUGCUUAUUGUUCAAAACUGACCAUAUUGAUGACACAUCUAUAAAAAGAUAUUAAUAACAAAAUUA